AUGAGCUCGAGUUCGGAUAGCGAAACCUAUGAAGAGUUAGGAGACUUCAUAGUCGACGAAGAGCCAAUACAAGAAUCCAACUCCCAGGAUGAAUCCAACGAGCCAGACUUGGCAAACGACCGCAUACGAUCGCUCACCACCACCCUCCAGCCCAAUCAAACACCAGCCCAAAAACUUCUUCGUGCCCACAUUGCCGUCCUUUGUUCAGCAUUAGGUGGACCAGACCAUACCUCCAACAUCACCCCGCCUCCCUACAAGCUCGGCCAUGACGCAUUGGCGUGUCUCAAGGAUAUCAAACGAUGGAUUAGAGCUGUCGAUGAGCGACAAAAUAACUAUGCCGUUGCCUUGGCAUGUGCUGAUUCUGGGUUGGUCAAGGAUUUGAUUGUGAUUAUGUGCCAGUUUGACAAAAAGAAAACCGGAAUCAAAGUCGAGAAAAUCAGAUUGGCUUGUCUUGAAUUGCUCGUGUUGUUAACGUGGCCCGUUGAAUUCGGUGCCGAACUCCUGGAACUGCAGCGAUUGUUGUUUACUGAAGUAAGAAAAGUGCAGGUUGGAUAUAAGAAAUUGAUAUUGCUGUAUUUGAACGGGGCAGUUUUGAAAAGUGUUAUCCGUUUGGUGUUGCCUGUGAUUAAGAAACUGAGAUUGGAUAGAGAGCCAAGAGAGAACCAAAUUUUGAAAUUGGUGUUGUAUUUAGUAAGAAAUGUCGUGGCUAUCGUUCCUGCCAAUGCUUCAGUCUCAAGUAAACUGAGCCAUCGUGCAGUAGUUGUUGCUGAUGAUUUGCCCAACGGUGUUUCCGCCGAUGAUAUCUCCAUCAACAACGUGGUUUCCGUGUUUGAAAAGAAUAAGGUUUUGAUGCUUUUGCUUACCAUUUCGGGAUCUAUAGGAACUGAAUUCGACAAGGAUAUGUUUGGAGAAAUCUGUCUUGAAUGCAUUUACUUGUUAGUCAAGGGGUUGUCUGUUUCGGAACUAUUAGAAAAACCAACUCCAAAAGAUCCCACAAACCCAUCACAACCGCUUCAGUCGGUAUCCACCACCGCGGGGAUGGAACUUCAAGACCUUCUUGCUUCAGAAACCAAACGUAAACAGCUGCAAACGGCAACCGUGUCCACCCGUCAUGGUCGAUUUGGAUCAUUGCUUUCCAUAAAAGCUCCCGAUUCAAAUCCAUAUGUUGUUUCUGGUCAAGAAGCACUUUUCACCACAUCCCUGACAUUAACCAAACUUGACAAGUCCAAGACCUGGAAAAAUAGAACUCUUUUCAAGUAUGACUCUGAUGAGUAUGUUAUUAGCAGAUACCCUGUCUAUUUGACCACAACUGGUAGAAAUAUACUACAUGAAUUUGUCAAGCUGUUUCUUUCUGGUGGCUGUUUUAACAAUUUAAUUGAAACCAUGAGUUCAAGACUUACUACAAUUAGUGAUAUGACUGUGGUUGACGAGUACACCAAGGCAAGUUAUUUCUUUACGAUUUCCUGGUUUCUUUCAUAUGAAAAACAAUCUAUUAAACUACAACAAGCUCAGGAUUAUGGAAGUGUGGGAGCAGCACUUUCCAGUGUUAAUUUCAUCUUAUUAACGUCGUACUUCCGCGAUAGUUUCGGCAGUAAAUCCUGGAAUUCACUUCAUGUAGCCAUGCUUUGUUUCAGGGAGUUAAUCCAGAUAUCCAACUCAUUAUUUGGGAAACAAGAUGCCGAUGAAACUGAUCGAGAUUUAGCCGAGGGGAUCAUUAGAAAGUUGUUUAGUUUUCUGGAUUUUGUAAACAUUAUUGCCCAAAUCCCACAAACGGCAGCAAAACAUUCACCAGCAUAUCUUGGAGUAGUUGUUUCUGUGGUCAACACCUUGCUUGAAUCCUUUGAAACCUUUGCCAAUGAAGAUGUUGAACUUUAUAUCCAAUCAAGGCGAAAGAAGAGCAAGUCCAAGCGGAAUACUGAGAGACAUCCCGAAGCACUUCAAGAUGUUAUUGAUGCUUCUGAUGACGAGCAGGAUGCUGCUACUGCUAAGGAAAUCACCAAGGAACGUAAACUUGAUUUCAAGCUCACAGAAGCAAGAUUCUUCCAUACUUCAAUCGUGAACGCCUACAUUGCCUAUUUGUCACGGUACGAUGAUCUCGAUGCGUCGCAAAUAAAAAUCUGUUUCAAGUACUUUCAUAGAUUGUUUGUCGUGCGUAAGGAUUUCACAGGGUUGUAUAGACUUGAUUUUAUGCAGUUGCUCGAAAGAUUGCAUCAUGAUUUGCGCGGGCUGUCGCGAGCCAGAGUCGACGAAUUCAUCUAUUACUUUAUGAAGAAGUUCAAGAUUGCGCUUGAGCGAUUCCCCAUGCCUAUUGAAUUGUUGUUCCCGCGUAUGGAAGAUUUGAGUUGCAAGAUAUACUUGGCCACGGGUGAGUUAUAUACCAAGCCGGAACCAAACACGCGCGGUCCGAGAUUGGCCAAGCAGCUUGAGUUUGUUCGGGAUUUUAACCGCGAUGAACAAGUAAAGAUCUUGGUAUCGGCCUUGAAGAGGGAGGAUAAGUUGGCAUUGCUUGUGUGGAUAAUAUCUGAACUAGAACGGAUCUUGAGUGAACGGAUCCUUGAUGAUAGCUCGAUUGCCGAGUUGAACCCAGGAGUUCACAGGCGAUUGUUUAUUAAUAAUGGGAACUUGCGUCUUCUUUUAAAGUUGAUUGGGUUUGAUUUACCGUUUACUAUGGAUGAGAAUCCUGAGUUGCCAACCUCGGUGGAAACCGCCACACUUACUGAGUUUAUUGAUUUGAUCAAGAAGUGGAAGGAUCAACAUGGAGAAUUCGACGAUGGUAAAGAACCUAGCUUCUUCUUGCGAGCAAGGGAAGACGAUGAAGAGGAAGAUUAUGGUGAAGGUGAUGACAUUGCGUUUGAGACAGCGCCGGGUUCAGGAGAAAGAAUGAACAUCCAUGAACUAGACGCAUUGGAUGAACUCGAACAAUCUCUUUCUCAAAGAAGUAAAGGCCACGCCAGGAAGAAAAGACCACAGCGUGUCCAUGAACAUCAUCGUACGUCUGGUGAACGACAACGACUCCCUCCUGUCACGCGUACUUUCAACUCAGCUGAAUUUGUGCAUGACUCUGAUGAUGAAUCCGAUGAUGAAAAGGAUGCCGAGUUUUUUGCUCGUGAAGAAAGAUUAAGAACGUUGCUUGGUGAAAGUGGUGGUAUCGUUGAUGGUAGACAGUUGGCCGAGUUUAAAUUGCGAUGGGCGGAAAUUGAAAAGAAUGGUGGUGUUUUGCCUGAACGAAGAGUCGACACUAGUGAAUUGUUUGUCAAUGACGAUGAUGAUGAUGACGAUGAUAUUAUGUCAGAUGCUCCUCAAUCAUCUACAGAUUCUUCCAAGAGGCUGGCUGACGAGGAGGAGGAGGAGGAGAGGCAGGAGGUUGCCCCUGCUAAGAGACUUGCGGAUGAUGAUGAUGAAGAGAUUGCUCAUGUCAAGAGAAAACGUAUUGUUGUAAGCGAUGACGAAGAUGAGUAG